CUGAAUCGCCGGAGGUAUAAAUGACCGAAAGACACACUGAGGAAUUCAGUGUUCUUCAAACUCUCGUCAUGAACAAGUACAGCGUCUUUGCGGCUGUUGUGGCCGUGUCCCUGGCAAAACCAAUUACGUGGAAAGAUGACAGUCAUUCAGCGAAAAGUUGCCCCAUACCCUACCGACCCGUGGCAGAUCGUUGCCUCAUGUUUGACACCUUUCACAAGGUCACGUGGCAUGAUGCGAGGGACUUCUGCCACGGGUACCUGAGCGAGUUGGCGCAGAUCGACUCGGCUGACCUGCUGAAAGCCGUCGUCGAUUUCAUUCACGAUGAAGGGAUGGCCGGACACGACUUCUGGAUCGGCGCGAACGACGAGGAGCAGGAGGGCGUCUGGAAGUGGCCUGACGGGAGCGACGUCCACAUGGGCACGCCCUUCUGGGGGUAUUGGACCUCUCCUUCCCGCCAGGAGCCCAGUGGCGGCACGACCUCCAACUACUGCUGCAUGGUGUCCGAAUAUUUCUAUUACUUCUUUGACUGUUGGGGCACUGAUAAAAGGUCUCCGCUGUGCGAAUAUCGACAACAGUAGAUGGGGAAAUGCAGCCAGAAGUGUUAUGGUAAAGAAAUAUCAUAAGUAACAAGGGAAAAGAGGACAUUCAAUAAAAAACAAAAACAAAAAAACCUGAAGCUAAAUGGAACAUAUCCCCGAACCCUCUUUGUAGGUAAUAAUAGACGGGAUAUAGUUCAUAUGUACAAAAAUUCAAGCUAAAUGGGAGAUAUGAUGGAAUCCUUUGUGUCAGUAUUGGUGUACAAGACAAGAUUAAGAAGAGCGUAGUAUCUCUUCAAAUUUAUAAUUCACAUGGAAAACUCCCAUUGACACAGACAGGGAAAAUAUGUCUUAUGAGUUAACGACUAUAUUUACCAUGCCGUUGUGAUUAAAUAAAAAAUAGACUUGCCCUA